CACAGCAUCUGCAGAUCCUGCUGGAUGGCCAAUUCAUGUCCGGUUUGCAAACUAGCUCUUACCGACACUCGAAACUUCUCUUUAGAAACCGUGAGCACGAUAGUUUACUACCCUUGUAAUAAUGUGGAAAGCGGAUGUCAACAGUGUCUGCCGAUCGAAGAAAUUGACGAACACCAUCUUAUAUGUGAUUACAGAAGUUACGCCUGUCGAUUAAGCAAAUAUUGUUCUUGGGAAGGGACAAGGGACGAAUUGAAAAAACAUUAUUUCGCUAAACAUGACAACAACAUUUUGAUUGGGAGGGAGUGUUUUUCUUUGUGGAAACAAGAGAAACCGGACUACACGAUUAACAUGAUCAUGGCUUUUGACGAAAUGUUUUAUGUUCAUGUGAAAAGAAGAAACGAUAUAAAUUAUUGGGCGGUUCAGUACAUAGGACGAUCUGAGGACGUAAUUCUAUUUUGUUUUGAGGUUCACAUUUUCACCGACCAGUUUAACGACAGGAAGUUGGAAUUUUCUGAAAUUUGUCACGACGACGUUAAAGAUGACAUUGACGAUAUAAUCGACAGUGGAUUUUGUGUAGCCGUCCCUCUGAAUGUUUUAGAAACUUACACAAAUAUGGAAGGAGUUGUGUUUUACAAAAUUGAAAUUAAGAGAGCGUAAUUUUAAAAUGUUAAUUGUUAGUUAAACAGGUUUUUACUAUUUAGUUUGUAUUUAAGCUAAAAUUUAAUAAAUGCUUAGUUCCACCGGGAAACGCAUAGGAGAAUCUCUGCAGUGAGGCACUGUCAAAUUCAAAGAACAGAAAGGGAUAUUUUAAUUGAGUAUACCCACAGGUGGCGGCACUUGCACUAACGUACCGCUGCAUCGAUUACCAGGACUAUCAGGACUGCUGCGUACAAAUGCGACCGGGAUUAUAGUCCUAAUUUAAAGUUCUUAGUAGAUUAACUAACUAAACUCGCAUCUUGACAUGGCAGAAACCACAUCCUACACUACUGGAACA